CGGAAAGCUGGGGUAUCAGUCAUUGAUUCGGCGUUAUGGAAAUGGGUUUGGACACGAAAAAUUCCUCCAAAACUUCUAUUCUUCCUUUGGCAGUGCCUACAGCGGGUUCUUCCUACUCGAGAAGCUUUGGCGACGCGUGGAAUGGAUCUUCUCCCCGUGUGUACAGCUUGUGGACGACGAGAAGAAACUUUAGAACAUCUCUUUUUCUCUUGUCCUGUGGCUCGUAGGUUGUGGAGGAUCACUGGAUUCCAUUCUCGGUUACAGACUUGGAAGUUAGGAUCAUUUGCAGGCUUCAUCCGCCACGCCCUCUACAAUUACAAUCAAUGUUCAAGAAGACGCUGGGCGCCAUCUAGGCGAGGAGGCACCGCCCAGCGCCCAGGCCGAUUAGUCGUUGCCUAGGCGAGAUUAAACGUCGAAAAAAAUAUAUGAUAAAUAUGUAAGUUUAGAGUGCAAGAUCAAACAUAACAUACAUAAGUUCACUAAUUUGCAGCCCCUGUCAAAUGCCAAUUCUUAUUCUCUAUAUCAUCUAAAGCCUAAAGAUGAAAAGAAGCUCUCUGAUCACUGGCGAUGCUCUCUUCGCAAUCCGAGGACAGGGGAGGAAACGAUGCUCUCUUCACAAUCCGAAGACGAGAACCCAUUAUUGUUGGAGUCGAUUCCUCUUCUGGGUUCGUCUUCAAUCGAAAGAGAAAGAAGAGUUAGUACCUCCAAUGCUACAGACCGACGGCGAGGACGAGUCAUGGCUGGGCACUGGCGAUGCUGGAGACCGACGGCGAGGAUGAGUCACGACUGGGCACUGGCGAUGGUGGAGACCGACGGCGAGGACGAGGCGCGAUUGGCUAUGAUGGAGACCGACGGCGCGCGAUUAUGGAGACUGGCGGAGAGGACGCUGCAGCCGGCGACGAAGCCCCCUGCUGGAGGCGGUCGACCGUUGGAGACGGCUGGAGCGGUCGACUGUUGGAGAGAAGGGAGAGAGGUGACGAAGGAGAGAGGAGGUCGACUGUGGGUGCUACUCAGCUGAUCGAAGAACCCAUUAGGGUUUUCCCCUAUUCGGCCCAUCCAAAACGCACAACAUGGUCUUCUUCUUUUUUUUAUUUUUUCUGGGCGUCGCCUAGAGCUUGGAAUCGCCGAUCCAAGCUAUUAUUCGCCGCCUAGGCGUUCUUCAACGCGAUUACGCGUUUAUUGCGCCCAGCCACUUCGCCCAGGCUUCCUCUCCACGUUUCCUCCUCGCCUAGCUACUAAACGCGCCUAGGCGAGUGUUCUUGAACACUGAUUACAAUGAACCUAAUGCCGAUUACUUCUGCUUACAGGUAGUGUGUCUUCUUUGGCGUUUGUGGAAAAACCGGUGCUCUGUUUUCUUUGAUCGUAAACAGGUACGAAUUGAAACGUUAGCAGCGCAAUGGAGACAUCAAGUAUCUGAAGCUGAUUUAGCAAUUCUUCAAUCGAAUCAUUCUGCUAGCGCUACUCUGGGUUCUAGUCCGAAUGGGGUUGUGCAUGUGGCAAAUGGGUUCCAAUAUGUAGUUACCUUCGAUGGGGCUACUCGUUUGGGUUUGCUGGGAACAUCAGCUUUUGUGAUCAAAGAUAGCUCUGGAUGUCUACUCUCAGCGCAAGCUCGGCAAUGGGAUGGUGUGAAUGAUGCGUUGGUGUUGGAGGCGCUUGCGUUGCGGGACAUUUUGCUUGAAUGUCAGAGGAGGAAUCUUCAUUCAGUUAGUGUGGCUGGGGAUGCGAAGAUCAUAAUUGACAAGUGUUGUGCCAGAGAUUUUCACCAUUCCAAAGUCGGUAUUCUUCCGAAGGAAAUAUGUUGCUUGCUGGAUGAUUUACCGGAUUACUCGCUUAGGUUCAUUGGUCGUUCUAACAACAGGGAAGCUCAUUCUGUGGCUCGUCAUGCCCUGUUCAUGUCGCCCCGUAUGUUUAAGGGGUUCGACUUCGUUUCUUGGUUACGAUGUAUGUAAGGAUCCUUUUGGAUCUUUUUCAGAUGCUGUAUCUUUUUCAUUCCCCGCUUCUGGGGUUUUGAAUGGCAAAAAAAAUAAAAAGUGAUGACUUUGAAAUUGAGUGCUGGAGGUGAUUUGAUGAGCAUGUAUAUUGUUACACUGGUUUUAGAAUGUGUCGGUAUCAAUUUUAUCGGAUGUCUCCACGAAUACUGAUUUUAGAAUGUGCGCUUCAUAUCGUAUUGUGUUUUCGGUAUGAAUCAUGAUAUUCAAGCCUGUCGCAUUGAGUUUUCAGUAUGAAAAUCAUGGUAUUCAAGCUUACGGCGAAGUAUAAUCAACAAGAUUCAGCUGU